GGAUAAUCACGGACCAGGUUCGACACCACUCAAACGAAGGUCAUGGAGUGGAAUCGAAAGGGAACAUCCUAAAAUAUAUCGUGAAAAGAGUUUCGCAUUUCCUGUAAUUCUGUCAGCAGCAGGGGAAAUUGCUAAAAUGACGGACAUUCUGCUCUCCGUGGUUUCAGAGGCGAAGCAUAACUUCCCAACUCUCUCCCAACUGUCAGAGAGCGAUGUGAAUGACGUUUGGUCAAAUGUGUCCUCUUUUGUCGAGCGUCAGAUGUCAUUGCAGAAGGGAGUCCAAAUAAGUGGACUGGGCACAUUCACACUCUUUCAACAAAAGUUAGAUGUGGGAAGUAAGUAUGUUCUUAUCCAGAGACCAGUCUUCCUGCUGUCAGAGAAACUCUCCCAAUCUCAUGGCCUUAGGCAAAUGAAACUACUCCCUGCAGCUGGGAAUGUACCUGAGGUGUCACUGAACUUCUCAGCCCUGGCAGCCGAGAGCCCCUUUGAGCGGGAUGUGAUCGAGGGUUGUGUCCGCGAGACACUGAUGCUGCUGUUGCGUGCUGUUGCCUCCCAGCGAUCAGUCCUCUUCACCUUCAGGGGUAUUGGUGUGCUGGUCUUUCGCAACUCAAAGGUGAAGAUGCACUUCUACAAAGACUUUCUCUCCAGCAUGGACGGAAGGGUGCUGUGGGCCCUAAGCAAUAGACCAGACACCAGUCACUCAAUGUUGUCAGAGCAGUUCUGUAGCCCGGAUAGGCCUGGAACCAGCAAUACCAUCCAGCUCCCACGCAUUCAAUCCCAGUCAGAAGGUGAGGGUGGAGAGCCCUGCAGACAAGCCUCCAGGGCAGGUGACAGAGCGGAGGAAAAGGGGAAAGAAAUUCAGUGUCGGUCCAAGUCUCCGAAGGGUUUCACCACAACCAAAGGUAAUGGUGUGAGCCUGAUAGAGGAGAUGUCUACCAAACCCACCAAAUUCCACCAAAUACAGACUACAGACAGGAUGACUGAGCACAGACAGCCAGAAAAGAGUGCACUACGAGGAGUGAAGAUGAAGGAAGAAACAGAUGUUCACUUCAGCCUACCCUGCCAGGACCACAAGCGUGCUGGACAGGAGAUGUGUUACCUGUGCAUGCAGCGAGCCAAGCUUAACAUUCCCCUGUACCUGUCAGAAGAGAGGCGGAGAGAGGAAGAGGAGGAGGCCAGAGUGUUACUGUUCAGUGAGCAACAGAAAGACCAACAGUACCUUACGGAUAAACAGGCUGAGCAAAAUCAAAUACUUGAGAACAACCAGAAGGUGGCAGCAUUUAACUUGGGUGUCGCUGAGGCCAUGAAGAAGAAGAGGGCACAGCGCUCCUCCCAGUUUCAUCCUUCAUACAUCUUUGGAGGGCGCCCAAACACUCCCACUAAUUUGUUGAAAAGGCAGAACUAUAUGGAGGAUCUAAAAGGCCAAGCGUCCUGGUACAGACAGAAUGAGAAGCAAGACCAGCACAGGCAGGACUGUGUAGACCACAUACAGCAAGUCCAGCUUUCCCAUGAGAUUGCUCAGCAAAAGUCACAAAUUGUCAGGGAGAGACAUGAAAACUCAGAGGGCUACCGCAGAGCAUUGGACACCCAGACGCAGGUAGCGCAGGUAGAGCCGACAGUGCAUUGCAACAAGAGAGUUUUGUUCCCGCCCAUCAACAGAGCUUCUGACCGCACUGAGAGAGCAGAACAGGUAGAUGAGUAUCGAGGGACAGGUAUCCCAGCACAUGUGCCUGACUCCGACGGCCCAGUGUUUGGGGGGUUGGACGACCACCCAGAGGCUCGAGCCCUGAAGCGGCGUGCGGCACAAACCCUCCGCCAGGAGCUGCUCUGGACGUCCACACAGAGGAAAAAAGAGGCAAUGCUCAACAAAUGUAUUCAGCUGAAGAGGGAGAGAGAGAUGCUUCAGACAAACCACAAGGAGCUGAGGAAGGACCAGGUCUCCCACUAUGAGAAGCUUUGUGGCCUGAGGAAGUCUCUGGAGGACACAUGGAGUCGCAGUGCCAACCUUAAGCACCAGAGGGACAGAGAGGAGAGGAACUUUAUCAGUUCUGGUAGCAGGCUUCUGAUAAGCCAGUGUGAACAGUACCACCGCUGUUUCCAGUGUAAGAGGAAGACAGAAAACUGUGGAGAGAGCAACAUCUGGAAAGAGACACGUUUCAUCGCUGGGUCUCGCCUGAUGGUGUAGUAUGGAACAUCUGGAAAGAAAAAACGUUUCAUCGCUGGGUCUCGCCUGAUGGUGUAGCAUGGAACUCGCAAACAUGCAGAACACAC